AUGUCUGUGAAACUCAUUUGGGUGAGUUUUGGACAUCUUUUGGAUAACUUCUUGCUCACUGGCACCGCCAACCUGUCCUUCAACUGCUCUCACUCGUCCUACAUCAAACGAAAAGUGCGUGUCCACGGCGACUACGUGGUCAUUUUCAACGCCUUCAACUCCCAGAGGUGUCCACCAUGUGACAGGGAAGUGACCAUCACAACCCAUGGUGGACUCGGCUACCUGCGAUACGUGCCGAUACUAGCGGAAAAUUGGCAGGCCGCCAUUUCUUUUGCGCUGUACGUGCCGAACGAAGCCGCGUUCCAGAUUGCCACGAGCAUCAUGGCCACGAUGCAGACCUGCUCAUCGCAUGCCAAUAAUUUCGCUACCGUUCAUUUCUACUUCCCCAAGGCAGAGGCCAAUGAUUCGGCGGUGCUCGAGCGGCGCCUCGAGGUGCUCAAGGAAACGCGAAUGGCGGUGGAUGAGCAGGAAUACACUGAAGAGUGCGGGGUUUCGUCGACCCCUUGGACGAAACACGUGAUCCCACAGUCAGCCUUGUCCAAACAAGUGCCUUAUCCCAUCAACGCCGGAAGAAACAUCGCUAUCGAAGGCGCUACGACCAUGUAUAUACUUCCCUCGGAUGUGAAACUGGUUCCAGGGCCUCGUUUCCUGUCUCACAAGUUUCUGCGAAUGAUUCGCGAAAGACGAGACCUGAAAUUGGAGGAGCGUCCUGACGUGGCAUUUGCGUUGCACUUGUUCGAGGUCGACGAUAAAACAGGUGACUUCCCGAUGCCCGACAAGCGGAUUCUCAUGGAAAACAUUCGAACUCGAAGGGCAUUCAGAUUUCAUAUCAAGGGUUGUAAGGAGUGCUACACGAUGCCGUUCGCCGACGAAUGGGAACGCGGUCUAGGACCAGAUGGAUCUCCAGUCGAACCCAGGGAUCCCACCUCGGACCUGCCUGUGAGGAUUCAUUCGAAAGCAACCCGUGAAGGUACAUUCGCAGCCUGGGACCCGAUCGUCAUUGCGAUGAAAUCCGCUUUUCCUCGCUACGACGAGCGCCUGACUUGGCAGGGCAAGCGCGAUCGUAAGCCGCAGAUGUUCGAAAUGUGCGCGCAGAAUUUCACUUUCGCCAUUCUGGAAGAAGGCUUCCUGGUGCACCAGCCCGGCGUGAAGCCCCUGCGUCCUCAGCCCGAAUGGCGGAAGGCCGUGAUCUCCAGGCAGAGCGCCUUGAUCGAUGGCCAGAUCAGGGCCGAGCUGGUGGCGAAAUACCCGGACGCCGCAGACCGUUGUUCUCUUUGACCUUACAUUAUAUACUGCGUGUAUAGCUGACCUCAUCGAGUGCAUCAUCCAGCAGUCGCCCGAUUUCCCCGGGGGGGCAUGCGUGCUGUGCGUAUUUUGGCGAUGAGGGGGACAGCAGUUGUAUACAGAGCUAGGAAAGCACGGACCAACACCCCCGCCGAUUCCAGGACGGGCGGCUCUUCACCAAUAACUUUCCCAUAUUAUUCUUUAACUGCUGCGGAAGAACGUCAGUCUGUUUUUUUUUGUGCUUCUGUGUUUUUUUCUUCUUCUUAUAGUAAACAACCCCUGUCUCGUUCAAGGAAUAAUAAAAUAUUUUUGCACGGA